AUGUUGAUUUGUGUAGCAGCUCUGCUCCUUUUCUUUUGUUUCAAGAAAGUUUUCAUUUUCGUUCUCUGUGGUAUCUUGGAAAUUAUUUCAGCGAUCUUGAUGUUCCUGGGUUGUGUAAUUUAUCCAAGUGGAUGGGAUGACGAUAAUGUACAAGCCCUGUGUGGAAAAGAUGCUGGAGAAUUCAAACUUGGAGAUUGUGGUAUGCGUUGGGCAUAUAUACUAGCCAUUCUUGGCAUUGUGGAUGCAGCUCUGCUAGCCAUCUUGGCUUUCAUCCUGGCUAGUAAACGCACCAAACCAACUAAUUCCUACUACACUGGCAAAAUUACUAAAGCUGAGCUGUACCCUAAUUACAUGACUGAUACAAUACGCUCCCACGGGACCAUCAUUCGACCAACCAUGAUGACCGUACCAGACAGCAAUGAGUGUUAUUCAGAAUAUUCACAACAGUCGGGAAAUAGAAAAUCACUGAUUAGUUCAGGCUUCCAACUAUAA